CAUGGCGUCUACUGUAUUUGUCAACGGAAUCUUUGCUUGGGUGUAACCUGUAACGUGUUUUUGUUAUUCAUUCAGUUCUUUCCUACAGGAAAAUAGUGGCAGCUUUCAAGUGAAUGUUGAAUUGGACUCAUUGCAUUUAUAGUGCGAAGAAAUUUGAUGCAAACGAAUAUGAACUUCACCAAUACACUGGGAUUUUGGUGACUCGACAGGACUUGUCGGACAUACCGAACGGCUCCGGGGCAUAUAUAGGCAUCUAGCUCUUGUGUCGGCAGCCAGCUCAACGUUCUAUUUCAGCCAUGCUGAUACGAUAAACAGUGUUCUUUAUUUGAGGAAUUCCUGUGACCUCACCUUGGUGUCAGACAUGGCCAAAAUGAGAGCGACGCUGAGAAAAGUCGCCCAAGUCACGCCGCCACCUUCACCCAAAAACGGCGAAGACGUCAAGGGUCAUUCUGAAUGGUCCACACGUUUAAGGAACCAUUCGAUUCCAACGGUUGUCAAAGUCCCCAACGGUCGGCGAGCCAAAAUUGUCCGAAUCAAGAAAGAAAGUCCUGUAUUCCAUCACAAUGGAGACCUCAACCUUAGCCGUUCUAGCACUCCCUCCCCUGUUUGUGAUGCCUCAAGGGCCCGUACUCGCCAAACGAAUGGCGAAGGACUCAAUUACUGGCCCAGGAGAUCAGCUCGAUUGAUUGGAAUCCCAGCUGAAGAAAUCAGCGACCAACAUGAAAAAAACAACGGUUCUAUCAAUGUCGAUCAAGAGGAAAACAAACAAGAGCCAUCACACGAAGAAAAAGAUGAUCCUGUUUGUGGCACAAACCAUUGCCAUGAAAGGCUAGCGCCGGAAGAGCCACAAGAUCAGUGCAAAAACUGUAAACAACAGACCAAUAAGCAACAGACCAAAGGUCGAACUCUUGAAGCGUUAUUGGUAGAAAGCCAGCGUUUCAUGCAUUACCCAUCUGGCAGAGGCAGUGGUACAUGCCGGAAUGGCCGUUCUACGUACAAUAGCCGAGAUAUUCGGCCCCCACCACAGACUUCACCACGGAUCACCCCCGUAGCUGAAGAACAACAUGAACCUGCCACCACACCUCUGCCAAUGAUCCACGAUCGACUGACGGUCGAUCAGGUUCAGUUCUCGUUCGAGAUCGUUCCGUCUGGCACGUCGUGGUAUCAAACUUUCUUACGAGACGAAGAAUUUCAUCGGAACCCCAACGCCCCACUGCCAGAUGAUCCGCCCAUAGGUCCGGCGCCAUUCCUCCUACCUUACGAGAUGUCGCUGGAAGCGAUUCUCAAGAGCAACCAGACAGUGCGGAAGAACAACAGUAGCAGAGGAAGACCCAGAGGUGCAAAAAAAUCUGUUCCUCUAAGCUUCCGGCCGAUCAUCAGUACCCGAUUGCAAAUGCAAAGCGCAGCCAGGCAGAGCCAGCUAGCGGCUGCAGCGUCAUCUUCUGCCAAAGCAUCCGCAUUGAAUAGGAACGCUGAUGGAUGUCAACGACACAGUCGACGGAAGCAGCCCUGGUUCAAUAUGCCUCGCAAAUCUCCGCGAUGCCAUGCAUCCACAAUGGCCAUCCUUUGCUCCAAAUCCGAUACGGAAUCUGAUGCCGUUGCCAGCACAACAGCGACAGCCACUGGAACAACAACGACAAAGACGAGAACAACAGCCGAAGAAUCUCAGUUACCGAAGGACGAGGUGGCGAAGACGUCUAUUCCUCCGCCACCGGAUAAUUAUUUAGUGCAAGUGUUAGAGGAAAUGUUGACUCAAGGAUUGGAGAAAAGGCCUGUUAAUCCAGUGCGGAAGAGAGGUCGACCAAGGAAGCGGCCGCUACCCACUGACGAGCAGUGCAAUCCGCCGACACAAUUGAUGGAAUCACCCCUAGCCGAUUUGUUAGCCACUCCUCUGGAGAGGAUUGAAGAUAUUGUCGACGAGCGGAUGGUUCUUCCGGAUGACGGCGAUCACUGCAUGUUUAACGACAGCGACACUGUCUACCCUCCCAACUGCUGGAUAACUAACCAUCGGCGGGACAAUUCAUCUCUCCCGACAGGGUUGGACCAUCUGUCGGAAAUGUUUGCGGAUUUGGAUAGUCAUUCUGGAAGCCGAUCUUCUUCUGUCUACGAAACUGCUUCGGAAAUCGGAAGCACCAGUACAAGUACGGGGACUUGCGAUUCUCGUCGCAAAGUCUGGCGGAAUGCCGGUGGUAACAAUCACCGUCGGAAGCGUCGAUGCAACAUGACGGGAUGGCCGCGUUCCAAGAAGCGUAGACCUCUACAGCUGAGUGUAAUCAACGUCGAAGACGAUCUGAACUUGACCGGCAAUUUAAGUUGCGACGAAGAUGAUGAUGAAGGACCUCCGAAUAUCAUGCUGAGUCCCAUCCGCGAAGAGUCGACCCUGUUGGUGGAUGGAAGCAGUCCUAACCCGUCGCAGCAACAGACAAGUCCACGAUCAUCUUCAUCCGGGGCUACUAAAAGCUUUGUCAGUAAACCGUUCCAAUUCCAGCGCAAGACUUUGCGUUUCGUUGGCAAACGCAUCCUCCGUCCGGCAGCCCAACGGCAUGCCCCACAACGGUUGGAAUAUUGGCCCUGUUUUCCUACGGAAUCAUCCAGUGGCAGACGUCGGAAGCGGAAAACAUGAUGGAGAGAAGCUGUUACAUUUCUUUUGUGUACUGCUAAAAUUUAUCAUUUUAGAGAGCUAGUCACCAACCACAUGGAAGAAAAAAACAAACAGGGAAAGCAGCGGUCAAAACAACAAAAUUCUCUCAUGUAACUAUAUCUCUGUGUAUUUGUCAAAAAUUUUUUUCCCCGUAUGUAUGUUCCAGCAUGUUUUACUGAUUCUCUUUUGACAACAUGAAAAGAUACAGGAGUGAGAGGGAGGGGCUAUUUGAUCUACCUCAUGUUUUUACGGUUUGUCAUAUACGAUUACGCCGGAAAACUUAAUUGUACCCACAUGUCGUCUCGCUCAUAUCUCCUCUCGACUGCUCGUUAUGAUACCAUUGACAUUUAGGUUGUUUUUUUAUUCGUUAAUUUUUUUUUAGUUUUCCCCUUUUUUAAACUACCAAGAUUUUCACCUUCGCAAAUGUGUUCGUGUAUCGUUUGUGUGUGUUGUUGUCCUUAAGCAAAGAUAAUGAAUAAAAUUCGAUCGAUUUUUUCAUAUAA